GGAAGAGACACGAUGUGAGCUAUUAGCUCGAGGAGAUGGUUAUGCUAGUUUCAUUCUCGUUGCUUAUGGCCAUGCAAAACCCCCUUGGCAGUUAUGUUCUAUGGCCGCGUGCAUUGGUGCGGUUUUCAGAUGAGGUUUUGGGGAAGGCCGACAGGAAGGGAAAGAAGGCAUGUUCACCUGAGGAAGGCCGACGUGAUGAAGGGGAACGAAAUGUGGAGAAAGAAAAGGUUUCUAUGGCAAAGUAUCCACUCAUUACGGAGAUAAAGGUGGUGCAAGGCCUUAGUUCUCCAUGCUUUUGGUUACAUGAGUGCGCUAGCGAUGUAGCCGAUGAUGCAAUCAUUGAGAUUCAUUUGUCGCACAAACAAUUCCACUACUUUGAGGAUUCAUUGACCUUCAUUCCUAAGCUUAAUAUUAAAUAAUUCUUAUGUGGGGUAGAGUUGAAUGUUUCCAUGAUACAAACAUUCAUGAGGUUAUUAUACAAUGAAUUGAUUACAUCUAGUGAGCCAAUGUUUGGUUGGUUAUGUCCAAACAUAGUACGAGAUGAUGGUUGCUUACGAAACAAAACCGAAUUGAAAGAGUAUCCCGGUAUGAGUUUGAAAGCAUCUUCUCGUCUUGGAUAUAAGAUCAUUCUUCUUCCUUAUAUUGAAACGGCUCAUUGGACACUGAUUGCAAUAUGUUUGUCACGUAACGAAGUCAACCACUUUGAUUCUUUGCGUAAACAACCACCACGGUCCUUACUAAUCAAAUCAUUGUUAAAUAGUUUGAUGAAGGAUGUUAGUGCAAAAGGACUUCGAGCAUCAAAAUCUCCUGUUUGGAAAUCAGUCGAGUGUCCGCAACAACAAGAUGGACUUGCAUGUGGGUAUCACGUCAUGAGGUACAUGUUCGAUAUUGUCAACCAUUGCACUAAAGUUGAUGAUCUUCGAAAGGUUUAUAAGAAUAACACACCAAGUUUGAGGGCCUUCACCAAAGAAGAAAUAGAUGAAGUUCAAGAUAAGUUGGCGUCCUACAUUACCGAUGAUUGUUUAUGGUACAUUUUAGCCCGAAUCUACUAGUUUGUAUCAAUUCUAUGUACACUUUUUAC